ACUAGGUGGGUACAUUGUACAUACUGUCAAAGUAUGUGCAAAGUAGACUACGGUGUUCAGUUGAAUUAAUAAAUAAUAGAAAUUAUAAUUAUUAAAACAUAGAGGAAAUUAUUAAUUGAAACACAAAAUGGCAGAAUUACUUUUAGAUCCAAAUAUUCGUGUGUGGGUUUUUUUACCCAUAGUCAUCAUCACUUUCUUGGUUGGAAUUGUGAGGCAUUAUGUGUCCAUAAUCCUUUCAUCUCAAAAAAAGAUUGAGUCAUUCCAAGUACAGGACAGUCAGGUCAUGAUAAGAGCUAGGCUUCUUCGAGAGAAUGGUAAAUAUCUGCCCAGACAAUCUUUUAACAUGCGCAGACACUGGUUCAAUAACGAGGAUACAGGAUAUUUCAAAGUGCAGAAACGGGCAUCAACUUCACAGAACCCCAUGACUGAUCCAGGUAUGAUGACGGAUAUGUUAAAAGGCAAUGUCACUAAUGUAUUGCCAAUGAUAGUGAUUGGAGGCUGGAUUAAUUGGAUGUUUAGCGGUUUCUUAACAACAAAAGUACCAUUUCCCCUGACUCUUCGCUUCAAGCCCAUGUUGCAACGUGGUGUUGAGUUGGCAUAUCUGGAUGCAUCCUGGGUUUCUUCGGCGUCCUGGUACUUCCUUAACGUGUUUGGUUUACGGACUAUAUAUGCACUUGUACUAGGAGAAAACAAUGCCGCGGACCAGUCUAAGGUGAUGCAGGAUCAGAUGUCUGGAGCUGCUAUGGCUAUGCCUCAGGACCCUAAAGCUGCCUUCAAGGCUGAGUGGGAAGCCUUAGAGAUCACAGAACAUCGUUGGGUGUUGGCUAGUGUUGAAAAUGAUCUACUGAAUCCCGAAGGAGAGUAAAUGCAUUUAUAGCCUUACCAAUUUGUAGGUAGUUUGACUUGUUAGAUAAUUUAUAAUAUAUUUAAUAGAUGUGUUUCAGACAUAUUUAGAUACUGCAAUCUCAUAUGUAUUGCCAUACAAAUGAAAUUCUUAUCAAAUAAAAUUGUUUCCGCUAGGUAAUCAAAUAAUAAACCAAUAUAAAAAUUUUAUAAAUAACUUUAUGCAAGUUUAAUUCAGCAACAAUUUCUGUAGCACACAGUCCAAUAUACAUGUGAAUUCAAGGGUCAUCAGAAGCUAAUAAUGUACAUUAUAUUGCUUUGUUUUGGUGUUUCGGGACAUUUUUUAUAUGAAGAUAGAAUGUGAAGGUUAUUAUUUAAAUUGUUUAUUUUUAAUAUGUACAUGAACUAUAAUGAAAGAUAAGCUCCCAAUGUUUCUUUUAAUAAAACCCAAUACAUAAUUUAAACUAAAAAUAUUAUUGUAAACCUGAAUGAAUACACACUUUGUACUGUA